UAUUUAGUUUGUAACCGUUCUUCGCCGUGGAAGCACUGCCGUUUAGCGGUAUUUGUGAAUCUCUUGUUUUUCGAUAAUAAAGUACAACAGAUGAGUGACAAGGUGGAAAUACUUAGCAAAGAUUAUCAGCGCUAUGCACCAGCCGGCUCUGGCAUGGGUGGGCGUAGGAUAAUCAAAGCUGCGGCUCUGCUCAUAACUUUAGGAUACUGCAGUUUGCUUGUUUAUCAAGGCGGAGUGAAUUACAACGUCCAAGAAAGUCGGUCAGUGCAAGUGGCUGAUUUACCUAUAGAGCCUGUGACAAAAACCAGUAUUCUGGACAGUGGUCAGAGCAAGAACAUAACAUUGGAUGACAUUUUCAUAAGUGUAAAGACAACUAAGUUUUAUCAAUAUUCAAGACUGCCUAUUAUCUUGAAGACAUGGUUUCAAUUGGCAAAAAAACAGACAUGGUUCUUCACAGACACAGACAACCCACGGCACCAGAACCAAACGAACGGUCACAUGGUAAACACCAAGUGCUCGGCGUCACACCAGCUAAAACACCUCUGUUGCAAAAUGUCCGUGGAGUACGAUCAUUUUCUGGAGAGCGGUAAAAAGUGGUUCUGUCACUUUGAUGAUGACAACUACGUCAACGUUCCACGGUUGCUCGCUGUGCUACAAAAAUAUAACCAUCAAGAAGACUGGUAUCUCGGAAAGACAUCUGUGAACAAACCUGUAGAUAUGUUUAAGAAGCCCACCAAUCAGUUAUUAUACACCUUUUGGUUUGCAACUGGCGGUGCCGGAAUAUGUUUAAGCAGAAGUUUAGCUUUAAAAAUGUUACCAAUAGCAAGUGGUGGCAGAUUCAUCAGUAUCUGUGAGAGUAUUCGAUUCCCAGAUGAUGUCACUCUGGGUUAUAUUAUAGAACAUCUUAUGGAGAAAAACUUGACUCGAUUACCAGAACUGCACUCGCAUUUGGAGCAAAUGAAACUAUUGAAUCCGGAAACUUUCCGAGACCAAAUAUCGUUCAGUUACUCAAAGACAUCUAAAGGCUGGAACGUUAUCAAUGUUCCGGGCUUCAACUACAGAUAUGAUCCAACGAGGUUCCUCUCACUGCACUGUUACCUCUUUCCUUACUUCAAAUAUUGCCCGAGGUAGUACCGAAACGCAAGUGACCAAAAUGUUCAAUGAUAAUUAAUUGCAUAUUAGAUUAUCUUUACAUUCCUAUCACUAAAGCACGCUAAUGUAUGCUUUAAAAUAAAGAUCUAAGUAUUUUUUAAGUAGUGCAAUAAAUUAACAUUUCUUUAAAAUACAUUUUGAGUAUAUAUGGACAAAGUUGAAAAUUAUUUUGUGAUAUGUGAUAUUGGUUAACAAUCUCUGUAGAAAUCUAAAUUUUAUAUUUAAAAAAUAUGGUUUAAGCAAUAUAUGGAGCAUUUGUAUUGUAUAGUUUAAUGAUUAAUGAAAACCUUAACUGUGAUAUUAAAUUAUAUUUAAUUUUAAGUUCUGUUUAUAUUACCUAGAUCUACUGAUAUAUGUUGUAUUUAAAUUUUCUUCCAGUCAAAUGUGUUAUG